UCCAGUCUGUAAACUAGACGGGCGCUUUAGAGAGUUGUACGGUGUUCUUGUUUUUGCACAUGUGAGGUCUCGUGCAAAUGUGAAUAUCAGUGUAUAUUCUAAUUAAGUCUUGUGAAAGCAGGAAUUGCAUUAUUUUAAGUUUCCAGUGUAAUUCGCAGGCAUGGGGAGGCUGAGAAACAAACACAACUGGAAGGCGAGGGAGCAAAACACAGCAGCUCCCAAACCUACUGAAGACCCGAAGAAUGAAGUGCUACUGGAGUUGGAGGACUCCACCAUGCUAAAAGGAGUGGAUGAAAGUAACACACUGGUUCUCCCAGGCACCAAAGCUAAGAAGAAAAAGGUGGAACAAACUGUCCCUAAAAAGAAACCUCUGACCAAGAAACAGAAAAAGAACCUGCAAAAGGUUCUGGAGCAGAAAGAGAAAAAAGCUCAUCGAGUGGAGAUCUUGGAUAAAUUGGCAGAAGUUCAGCUGCCAGAGUCUGAACUGAAGCUGCUGUACACAACCUCCAAACUGGGCAUCGGAGACAAACUUUAUCAAACUAAAGAAGUUAAUAUUGAAGGGGUGAAUGAUGGUUCAGUAACUGUCAAAAUCAGCAGCCUAAGCGGUGCUAAGAGAAAGAGAAAACUGGCUCAUGAUGUGGACGAAAGUGAUGAUCCAGACUCUUCUAAGCAGGAGACAAGCAGUGGGUCAGACUCUUCUUCUGAGGAAGAGGAAGAUGAGGUUGAGGCUUCAGAAAAAGCAGCACCUGCAGUGAAGGAGGAGCAGGAAGAGGAGAUGGAAACAAAAACAGUGGAAGUAAAGGAGGAGGAGAAAAGGGAAGAUAAAAAAACAGCUGUGCACAAGAUUGACAACUGUCAGCCAGCUGUGUUUAUUCCUGUAGACCGACUGCCGGAGAUCCAGGAGGCACGACUGAAGCUGCCAGUGUUGGCGGAGGAGCAGGUUAUCAUGGAAGCAGUGAAGGAGAAUGAUUGUGUUGUUCUGUGUGGAGAGACUGGCAGUGGCAAAACUACACAGGUUCCCCAGUUCCUUUACGAGGCUGGAUAUGCAAGUGCUGGUGGUCUCAUCGGAGUGACUGAGCCCAGAAGAGUGGCAGCAGUCAGCAUGUCUCACCGUGUGGCCAAUGAGAUGAACCUUUCCACGGGGGUGGUGUCUUAUCAGAUCAGAUUUGAAGGCAAUGUGACAAAAGACACCAAGAUCAAGUUUAUGACAGAUGGUGUCUUGCUGAAAGAGGUUCAAAAGGACUUCCUGUUGCAGAAAUACAGCGUGAUCAUUAUUGACGAGGCUCACGAGCGCAGUGUCUACACUGACAUCCUCAUCGGCCUGCUCUCACGCAUAGUUGCACUCCGCAAUAAGAAAGGUUUACCCAUGAAACUGCUGAUCAUGUCUGCUACGCUGCGAGUGGAGGACUUUACUGAGAACAAGAGACUGUUUCGAAUUCCUCCACCAGUCAUAAAGGUAGAGGCUCGCCAGUUCCCAGUCACUGUUCACUUCAACAAGCGCACACCAAUGGAGGAUUAUGUAGCAGAGGCCUUUCGCAAAACAUGCAAGAUUCACCGCAUGCUGCCACCAGGUGGUAUCCUGGUGUUUUUGACCGGCCAGGCUGAGGUGCAGUCUGUGUGCAGGAGACUGAGAAAGGCUUUUCCUUAUAGACCAAAAAAUACACAGAAUACUGAAAUGGAGGACGCACCAGAGGAGCUGAGGAAAUUUAAAAGGCAGAAACAGAAGAAAUCAGUGUCUCUUCCUCGCAUUGAUCUGAACAACUACUCUGCCUUACCCGUGGAUGAAGGAGAUGAAGAUCGACAGGCUGGCGUUGAUGAUGAGGAUGAUGAAGGCUCAGAUCUGGAUUUAGGCGAUCAACCAGAAGACAGUGAGGAGAAGGCUGAUCCCUCAAUUCCUCUGUACGUGCUGCCACUUUACUCCCUGUUGGCACCAGAGCAGCAAGCUAAAGUGUUUCGUCCACCUCCACCAGGUGCUCGCUUGUGUGUGGUGGCCACCAACGUGGCAGAGACAUCCCUCACUAUUCCAGGAAUUAAGUACGUUGUUGACUGUGGUCGGGUGAAGAAGAGAUUUUAUGACAGAGUGACAGGAGUCUCUUCCUUUAAGGUCACCUGGACGUCACAGGCCUCGGCCAAUCAGAGAGCUGGAAGGGCAGGAAGAACAGAGGCAGGACAUUGCUAUAGACUCUACUCAUCUGCCGUGUUUAGUGAUUUCAGCGAGUUUUCUGAGGCUGAGAUCACUCGGCGCCCUGUCGACGACCUGGUUUUGCAAAUGAAAGAUCUCAACAUUGAGAAGGUGGUGAAUUUUCCGUUCCCUACCCCCUCUUCUGAAGCACUGAUGUCUGCUGAGCAGCUGCUCAUCUCUCUGGGUGCUCUAGAGGAACCGCCUCGCCAGGGGCGAAUGGUAGAUAUGGAGAGGGCUCGAUUAUCAUGUCCUAUAACCCCUCUGGGACGUGCAAUGGCAGCAUUUCCUGUGUCACCACGCUAUGCUAAAAUGCUUGCACUGGGCCGCCAGCAGGGCUGCAUGCCCUACACCAUAACAAUAGUGGCAGCUAUGACUGUUCGAGAGAUCUUUGAGGAACUGGACAGGCCAGCGAGUAGUGAAGAGGAGAGCAGUAAGCUGGCUGGAAGAAAAGCACGCUUCAGUCAGAUGAGGAGGUUGUGGGCAGGCCAGGGCCAGUCUUUACUUUUGGGAGAUCUCAUGGUGCUGCUAGGUGCUGUAGGGGCUUGUGAGUUUGCUAGCUGCACACCAAAGUUCUGUGAAGAAAACGGCCUUCGCUACAAAGCUAUGCUGGAGAUACGGAGGCUGCGGGGACAGCUCACUAAUGCAGUUAAUGCUGUGUGUUCUGAUGCGGGGGUGUGUGUAGACAACAAAAUGGCCCCCCCGACUGAAUCUCAGGUUGUGUGCCUGAGGCAGAUUGUGCUGGCUGGUUUAGGAGAUCAUCUGGCUAGACGAGUACAAACUGAGGAGCUACUGGAUCCAAAGUGGAGAAAUGGCUACAAGACUCCGCUCCUGGAUGAGCCUGUGUUUAUACAUCCUUCCUCUGCACUUCACAAAGAACUGCCUGAGUUUGUUGUCUACCAAGAGAUCAUGGAAACUACCAAAAUGUACAUGAGAGGAGUGUGUGCAGUGCAGGCUGAUUGGAUCCCUAAGCUUCUGCCCCAGUACUGUCACUUCAGUGGACCAGAACAAAGCCCUGCCCCAUGGUACUGCACUGUCAGUGGCAAAGUGAAGUGUCGACAACAGAGCACUUUCUUCAGAGUUGGGUGGAAGCUUCCUGCCAUUGAGAUGGAUCAUCCUGAAGGGCUUGAGCGAUACAAACUCUUUGCAAAGUUUCUGCUGGAAGGACAGGUGUGUUCUAAACUACAGCGACACAGUACAUGCUUACUGUCGAGCCCUACAACUAUGCUGAAGACAUGGGCCAAGCUUCAGCCUCGAACUGAAAAUCUUUUGGGAGCGUUGGUGUCAGAAAAAGUCGACAGCCGAGAUGCCUUAGAAGCUGCAUGGAAGAAAAAUGAAAAAUUUCUCCUGUCAGCAUACUGCCAGUGGCUUCCCAAGUCUGUUCAUGAAGAAGUCGCCAAGAGCUGGCCUCCUGUCUGACACUCUCAUGGUACCUUAUCACACAUUAGUGGAAACACUAACACACUGCCCCUUGAAAUAUUACACAGCAGGACUUGCAGAAUUCACACCUGCAUAAACACACAUAUCAAGACUGCAGAUGAUCUUAAUUUGUCUUUUUGGAGACCAGUGGAUAUUUUACCUGUAUAUUUUUUAGUGUCUCACAAAAGUGAGUGCACCCCUCACAUUUCAGCAACCAUUUUAGUAUCUUCUCAAGGCACAAUUCUAUAGAAAUAAAACUUGGAUAUACUUUAGUAGUCAAUGUGCAGCUUUUAUAGCAGUAUAUAUUUACUGUCCUCCAAUAAUGUAACAUACAGCCAUUAUUGUCAAAAUAACUGGCAACAAAAGUGAGUACACCCCAAGUAAAUCUGUCAAAACUGAGUCCAAAAUGUCAAUAUUUUGUGUGAGCACCAUUGUUAUCUAGCACUGCCUUAAUCCUCCUGGGCAUAAGAUUCACCAGAGCUGCACAGGUUGUUCCUGGGAUGCCUUUCCAUUUAAGAUAAUUAAAGAGAAUUUUCAAGAUGGGUUUCACUUGGUACAGGCCCCAAAGGAGUUGAGUUCUCAUGCUAUGUAGGUGAGGAGUAACAAGAAAAUUGUGUCUUGCCUACAGUCAAGCAUGGUGGUGGUAGCAUCAUGGUCUGGGGCUGCGUGAGUGCUGCUGGUACUGGGGAACUGCAGUUAAUUGAGUGGUUCCAACACGAAACAGUUCCAUUUUUAUAGUAUUGUCCCUUGAGAAGAUACUAAAAUGGUUGCUGAAAUGUGAGGGGUGUACUCACUUUUAUGAGAUACUGUGUAUUCAAUCAUUAACUCACUGUGGAUUUGAUGGAUGAAAUCUGUAGAAAUAUGGAGCUUCUGUCCAUAUAUUUAAUCCUAAACUGAAAAGAAUCACCAUUGAAAGUGCGAGUAUGUUUAAACUGGUUUAAUUACAUUUUGAAAUGUAGUAAGAAAUAGGGGAAAAAAAUAAAUUCAAAACUGUAACUGUAAAAAAUUGUUGGGGAAACUACCAUGAAUAAAGUUUUUUGUUUUUUUGGUCAUUUUUACAAACUUUACUGAUUUGUAUACAACAGGAAUGCAAGAGUAUUCUGUGUCAUAAUUGUGAGUGAUAUUUGUAUGACUUUUGGUUACUUUCAAAAAUGUUUAAAAUGUUUUUAAACAUUUUUUCCCCUUUAUUUUGAAUAAACUCUUUAUUGCAAUACCUGCAUUAUAUACUUUCACAAACUAUGGCUGUAAUGAAAAGUUUUAUAAAAAAAAAUCUAUACUGAACAUCCCACAAA